AUGCGCAGAUUUUCAAGAGAAAUUUACUAUUUUAAGAUUUUAAAGAAUGUCUCCAGAAAUCAAAACAAUUCCUUCCAACAAACAGAAGCUCUUCUAAUUAAUCAAAACAUGCCUCAUCAAAAAGGAGAUGAUGUUGAACAUUUGAGGGAAGAAAACAUAAUGAAAGAUGUAGAAGAUGAUAUGGAUAUUCAAUCUAUUAAUAGAGAAAAAUACUAUUUUGAUUAUGAUGAAGACGAUUUCUCGAAUAGAAAAUUGUUGGAUACUACAGCUGCUCAAGCUAAAAAAGGAAAAGACAUCCAAGGGAUUUCUUGGGACAAAAUUAAUGUCACUAGAGAAAUUUAUCGACAAACUCGGCUAGAACGAUACAAUAACUAUGAAAAUAUUCCACAUUCAGAAGACAUAUUAGGGAUGGUAACAAAAAAAGGAUACUCAUUUUAUGAGUUUAGAAGAAACUCGAGAUCAGUAAAACCAACAAUUCUUCAUUUUCAGUUAAGGAAUUUGGUUUGGGCUACCUCAAAGAAUGAUGCAUACUUUACGUCGAAUUUCUCAGUUAUGCAUUGGUCUUCUUUAACUUGCACAACUUCUGAAGUACUCAAUGUUUCGGGACAUGUCGCACCAUUCAAGAAUCAUUUUGGAGGUGUAUCAGAGGGACUCACACAAACAAAAGUCACUACACUUGCAGUUAAAGAUAAUCUUCUAAUUCUCGGCGGGUUUCAGGGCGAACUCAUUUGUAAGCACCUAGAUCAACCUGGUGUUAGCUUUUGCACAAGGACUUCUUAUGAUGAAAAUGCAGUCAUCAAUGCCAUUGAGAUUUAUGCUUCUCCUAGGUAACAUCUUUAAUGUACUUGCUUAUAACAUUUAUAUGUAACAUCCUUAAUUUACUUGUUUUAUGAUUUUUAGUGGCGCGGUUCAUUUUACGGUAUCAAAUAAUGAUUGUGGAAUCAGAGACUUUGACGUGGAGAAAUUUCAACUUUCAAAGCAUUUUUCUUUUCCCUGGCCAGUAAAUCAUACUUCUAUCAGUCCAGAUGGUAAGUUACUUCUAGUUGUUGGAGACAAUCCCGAAAGUAUGUUGGUGGAUUCACAAAAUGGAAAG